CCCGGCCCGGCUAGGUCAUGCUCACCCUCCCCCUUCUCCCGCCCGCCCGCUCUGCUUGCUGCUUCUUUCUACUGCCCCUUCCCCUCCUUCCUCGCUGGUCUGUCUUUGGUGUUGUCCUUCCUGGCGGAGCUAAUCGUUGCUGCUCCCGGUGGUGCUCGUGUAAGCGGAGCGUCUAGAGCAUUAGUGCGUGUCGCUUCUCCCCCGUUUCUCCGGCCUUCAGGGACGAGAAUGAUUUCGUCUCGGGACAUUCUACCGAGAAAUUGAUUUCUUCUGGAGAAUUGUACGGGAACCAUGACGAUAAGUGCUACUUCGCCUCUUUGUACAUGGCUUUUUGCAGCUUACGUGUCCAGUGCUGUUGCCGGGUUUGCGGAUGAUGUUUCCGUAAGCUCUGGGCCCUCAGGAAGACCCUCAGGCAGGAGGCUUCGAAGAAGGAAUGCCAGCUCAAAGCGUUUAGCAGGAGCGAGCUGGACUGUUAAUACCGACGUUCAAUCUCGUUCUUUUUCUAAUGUGUGCAUGGGAGCACCUUGUGGAUCUGGUAUAUCCGGUCUUGGUUCAUAUCUUGCCUCUGAAAAUAGUUUCGAAGAUGACAGCAUAAGAAGUGAGCCUUUGUCUGGAGACGUUUCUUUUUUUGGAGCGGGAUUGUCAGUUUUGAAGACAAGACCAAUGCAGUCUGUGAGGAGGCCUUUGAAUGCUAUUUCAGGGAAUGCCUCAAGUAUUGCAACAUCGCCUGUUCAACCAAUCAAAGAAUCCUUUGAACCAAAGAAAACAUCUACAAAGCCUAGGAGGGUGGUUGUCACAGGGAUGGGUGUUGUGUCCUGUCUUGGUCACGAUGCCGACAGUUUUUAUGCGAACCUCUUGGAAGGAAAGAGCGGCGUUUCUGAGAUAGAAAAUUUCGACUGCAAGCAAUUUUCCACAAGGAUAGCAGGUGAAAUCAAAUCGUUUUCAGCAGAUGGCUGGGUUGCCGGAAAGUUUAUAAAACGGAUGGAUAAAUUCAUGCUUUAUCUCCUCACUGCCGGGAAGAAAGCUGUGUUCGAUGCUGGACUUACAGAAGAUGUAAUCAAGAGUAUAGAUAAAUCAAGAUGUGGUGUGCUUAUUGGUUCAGCCAUGGGAGGCAUGCAGAUUUUUAAUGACGCUAUCGAGGCUUUAAGGUUAUCAUAUCGCAAGAUGAACCCAUUUUGUGUACCGCUUGCAUCAACGAACAUGGGCUCUGCCAUGCUGGCCAUGGAUUUGGGAUGGAUGGGGCCCAACUACUCUAUUUCUACUGCUUGUGCGACAAGCAAUUUUUGUAUAUUAAAUGCUGCCAAUCAUAUCAUCAGGGGUGAAGCUGAUAUCAUGUUAGCAGGAGGGUCGGAUGCUGCAGUUCUUCCUAUUGGUCUCGGAGGUUUCGUUGCUUGUAGGGCACUUUCCCAGCGUAACGAUGAUCCGGCUAGAGCUUCACGUCCCUGGGACAAGGAUCGAGAUGGCUUUGUCAUGGGAGAGGGAGCAGGUGUGCUUUUGCUGGAAGAGCUGGAACAUGCUAAGGCACGUGGAGCUGAAAUUUAUGCCGAAUUUCUUGGAGGGAGCUUCUCAUGUGACGCUUACCAUACAACUGAACCUCAUCCUGAAGGUGCUGGUGUGCUACUGUGUAUAGAUAGGGCUCUUUCACAAGCGGGAGUCAAUAGGCACGAUGUCAAUUAUGUCAACGCUCAUGCGACCUCAACUAAAGCUGGUGACCUUCAGGAAUACAAGGCUCUCAUGCGUUCUUUUGGACAGAAUCCAGAGCUGAGAAUUAAUUCCACAAAGUCAAUGAUUGGACAUUUGCUUGGAGCUUCUGGCGCAGUUGAGGCUAUCGCUACUGUUCAGGCCAUAAGAACUGGUUGGGUCCACCCGACUAUCAAUCUUGAUAAUCCUGAGAAUGAUGUUGAUAUGAAGGUCAUUGUAGGAGGAGAGAAACGGAAAUUGGACAUUAAGGUGGCUCUGUCCAACUCUUUCGGUUUUGGGGGUCAAAAUUCUUCCAUCCUUUUUGCCCCAUAUAAUGAGAGCAAUGAAGACUAGACUGCGCAGACGAGUCAGCCCCCCUCUAUAGUUUCAUUAAUACGAAUGUCAUAUUUUGUAGUUUGUAAGAUUUGAAAGGCUUCGAUCUGUGUUCCAAAUUUGUUGCUGGGCUAUACCUGGCUUUUUCCAGAGGUGACCAACACUGCUGUUACUCCUCGGUUCAGCAUUGUUUCUGUUAACAUGUACUAGAUUUCUGCGGAAAUGUAGAUUAUCACACAGAAAUUCCUGAUAAUGUUGGAAUGUGUUGUUAUUUUCUACAAAGUUUGGAGUAACCCACCCAUAUUCCUGAAGA